CUCUACGGCCCUGUGCUUGAAAGCAGAGCAUUAUCUUUGUGUGGAUGGAGAUGAGCGUAUCUCCAUCCUCAACAAUCCUACGACAAAACCCCAAGAGCCCAUCAACACAUACUUAUAGACAAUGUCCUUCUCUCUUCUCUAUCCUUCUAUUUCCUCUCUUCCUCCUACCACAGCCUCUCUUCUCUCUCCUCAUUCUCCUUCUCCUUUCUUUGCUCCUGAUUUCUCGCUUUAUGCCCACUCUUCCAUAUAUGGCUACACCACCACAAGAACCAUUCUUUCUUGUCAUUACAGACCAAGAGAAAGGUGUGGAGUUGGUUCCAUGGACAAAAGGCCAGAUGGGCAUUUUAGGGUUUGUUCUUGUUCUAGAUUUACAGCCAGUAGAGAAGAAGGAGAUUUAGAGGGUAGGAGAGGAAAAAAUGAAAAAGUACAAGUAGAAGACGAAGAAGAUGACAAUGGUAGCAUGGAAGAAGAAGAAGAAGAAGAACGGGAAGAUACUGCUGUUUUGCCCGAGAGAUGGGAUGUUCUAGGUCUUGGUCAAGCUAUGGUAGAUUUUUCUGGCAUGGUUGAUGAUGAAUUUUUGGAGAGAUUGGGAUUAGAGAAGGGAACAAGGAAAGUUGUGAACCAUGAAGAGAGGGGUAGAGUUUUGCGAGCUAUGGAUGGUUGCAGCUACAAGGCAGCUGCUGGUGGAUCUCUUUCAAACACCCUAGUGGCCUUGGCAAGGCUCGGUUGCAAGCCCAUUUCAGUUCCUUCCUUAAGUGUAGCCAUGGCAGGCAGUGUAGGGAGCGAUCCAUUAGGCGACUUCUACAGAGCAAAAUUAUGUCGGGCAAAUGUGAAUUUUCUCUCUUCACCUGUCAAAGAUGGGACAACAGGAACAGUGAUAGUUCUCACAACUCCAGAUGCCCAGCGAACUAUGCUUGCAUAUCAGGGUACAUCUUCAACUGUUAAUUAUGAUGCAUGCUUGGCUACCAUAGCUUCCAAGACAAACAUGUUGGUAGUUGAAGGUUAUUUGUUUGAACUUCCUGAUACAAUUAAAACAAUUACAAGAGCAUGUGAAGCAGCACGUAGAAGUGGUGCAUUGGUUGCAAUCACAGCUUCAGAUAUGUCCUGCAUCGAGAGACAUUAUGAUGAUUUCUGGGAAAUUGUAGAGAACUAUGCAGAUGUUGUGUUUGCUAACAGCAAUGAAGCAAGAGCUUUAUGUGAUUUUUCCCCAAAGGAAAGUACAAUUUCAGCUACAAGGUAUCUUAGUCACUUUGUUCCACUAGUGUCUGUUACAGAUGGGCCAAGAGGCUCCUAUAUGGGUGUAAAAGGAGAAGCUGUAUAUAUUCCUCCGUUCCCAUGUGUACCGGUCGACACUUGUGGUGCUGGGGAUGCAUAUGCAUCUGGUAUUUUGUAUGGCCUUUUACAGGGUGUAUCAGAUCUGAAAGGAAUGGGUACACUAGCAGCUAGGAUUGCGGCCACAGUUGUUGGGCAACAGGGUACUCGGCUUAGAGUUCAGGAUGCUCUCAAGUUAGCAGAGUCAUUUGCAUUUAGUCUUGAGAAUAACACCAGUAGGUCAGAUGUUGGUUCUGAUCAUAUUUCCAGCUUGUAACAUGGUGCCUCGGGUCAUUUUCAUUUCUCGAUUCUUUUUGUAGACUCUCUCUGUCAAUAGCCUUAUUCCUGUGUACAUUAUAUUAUAAUUAUACACGAUUAUAGUGGUAAUGAAUUUGCCAUGUUCAUCCAAAUUUGUCAGCUGUAAAAUGCUUGUGUAAGAGAAUACCACAUAACCUUGUUAUAAGAUUGAUUCGACUUGCUUUGCAUCCGAUCAA